AUGGAGAUUUUGGAGAGAAGGUGGGAGUUCAACGACCUCAAGAUCCAGGAGCAGCAGCAGACAGCAUCGGGGAGACGACAGAGCGAGGAGGCGGCGAUCAAGAUUCAGGCCAGUGUCCGUGGGCGCCAGACGAGGCAGCAGGUUGUAGCGGAUACGGCUAGGAGAAGUGAAGCGGCCACCAAGAUUCAGGCCAGCGUCCGCGGGCGCCAGGAGAGGCGGCAGGUUUCGGCGGCGGCGGCUAAGAACAGUGAGGCGGCCACUCAUAUUCAGGCCAGAGUCCGUGGGCACCAGACGAGGCAGCAGCUUGUAGCGGAGAAGGCUAGGAGAAGUGAGGCGGCCGCCCAGAUCCAGGCGAAAGUCUGUGCGCACCAGGGCCGGCAGCAGGCGUCGGCGGAGAAGGCAGAGGUGAGCGAGGCAUCGGCGGAGGAGAUCCGGAGAGCCGAGGCGGCCGCCCAGAUCCAGGCGAAAGUCCGUGGGCACCAGACGAGGCAGCAGGUUGUAGCGGAGAAGGCUAGGAGAAGUGAGGCCGCCACCCAGAUUCAGGCCAGCGUCCGUGGGCACCAGGAGCGGCGGCAUCCGUCGUCGGAGAAGAGGCGAGAAGAGAAGGAGGCCCUUGAGGCCUGGAACCUCGGGAUCCAGGAGUCGCAGAAAGUAGGUUUUGUGAAUCUGCUGCAGAGUGAGCGCGAGGCCGCCACCAGGAUUCAGGCCACGGUCCGUGGGCACCAGGUGCGGCAACACGCGUCGGCGGAGAAGACGCAGACAACCAAUGUAUCGGCGGAGAAGGUGCGGCAGCACGGUUCGGCGGAGAAGACGCGGACAAGCAAUGUGUCGGUGGAGGAGGCUCGGAGAAGUGAGGCGGCCACCCAGAUUCAGGCCAGCGUCCGUGGGCACCAGGAGCGGCGGCAGGUUUCGGCGGCGACGGCUAAGAUCAGUGAGGCGGCCACUCACAUUCAGGCCAGAGUCCGUGGGCACCAGACGAGGCAGCAGAUUGUCGCGGAGAAGGCUCGGAGAAGUGAGGCGGCCACCCAGAUUCAGGCCAGCGUCCGCGGGCGCCAGGCGAGGCGGCAGGUUUCGGUGGCGGCGGCGGAGGAGGCCAGGAGAAGUGAGGCGGCCGUCCAGAUUCAGGCCAGAGUGCGCGGGCAUCAGGCGAGACAGCACGGGCCAGCGCAGAAGACUCGACCAAGUGAGGCAUCAUCGGAGAGGAUGCGGAGAAGCGAGGCGGCCACCCGGAUUCAAGCCAGAGUGCGCGGACGCCAGGAGAGGCAGCGGAUGUCGCCAGAGAAGAGGCAGCAGCAUCUGUCGUGGAGAAGGCGGAGAGGCAAGGCGGCGGCCAGGAUUCAGGCCAGAGUCCGUGGGCGCCAGACGAGGCAGCGGGUUGUCGCGGAGAAGGCUAGGAGAGGUGAGGCGGCCACCCAGAUUCAGGCGAAAGUCCGUGGGCACCAGGCGAGGCGGCAGGUUUCGGCGGAGACGGCCAGGAGAAGCGAGGCGGCCGCACAGAUCCAGGCGAAAGUCCGUGCGCACCAGGGGCGGCAGCAGCACGCGUCGGCGGAGAGGGCAGAGGUGAGCGAGGCAUCGGCGGAGGAAAUCCGGAGAGCCGAGGCGGCCGCCCAGAUCCAGGCCAGUGUCCGUGGGCGCCAGACGAGGCAGCAGGUUGUAGCGGAGAAGGCCAGGAGAAGCGAGGCGGCCGCCCAGAUCCAGGCGAAAGUCCGUGGGCACCAGACGAGGCAGCAGGUUGUAGCGGAGACGGCCAGGAGAAGCGAGGCGGCCGCCCAGAUCCAGGCGAAAGUCCGUGGGCACCAGACGAGGCAGCAGGCGUCGGCGGAGAAGGCGAAGGCAGAGGCGAGCGAGGCAUCGGCGGAGGAGAUCCGGAGAGCCGAGGCGGCCGCCCAGAUCCAGGCAAAAGUCCGUGGGCACCAGACGAGGCAGCAGGUUGUAGCGGAGAAGGCCAGGAGAAGUGAGGCGGCCACCCAGAUCCAGGCGAAAGUCCGUGCGCACCAGGGGCGGCAGCGCGCGCCUGCCGCGGAGAGGCCACGCGGCAGCGAGGAGACCGAGGCACGGAGCAGCCAGCAGAUGCAUGCCAGCGUCCGCGGGAGCCAGGAUCGGCAGAGUGUGCUGGAGGCCGACGACGCCAGAAGCCUGGCGGCCACCCAGAUUCAGGCCCACGCUCGCGGGAGGCAGGAGCGGCAGCGGCUGCAGCGGGCGCGCGGGAGCGAGGCGGCCGACCCGACGGUCCGUGGGCGGCCCCGCGAGCAGCCGGCGGGCCUGCAGGGCGUGGCGCUGGGCGACCUGGAGAACGAGGCGGCGACCCGGCUCCAGGCCAUGUUCCGAGGGGCCCGGGUCCGGCACCAGGUGUCCACGCGGCACGUCCAGAGAGGGACGGCCGCCAGGGCUCAGGAGAGGCGCCCGGAGUUCCUGCCGCCGGCGCGGGGGGGGCCCGCGCCGGCGCCGGCGGCCAGGCCCUCCGUGUGGGGCUCGGCGUCGCUGGGCCUCAAGAAGGCCGGCCACCAGAUGGAGGACUGGAACGCGAGGCAGAUCAGCGCCAUGACCGCGCACAAGCACCGCCUCGGCCAGACGUCCCACGUGCUCGAGUUCGUGGCCGAGCACGGCCAGGGCGGGCUUGGGCUUCAGUGGACGUCGGCUGCAGGCCCCCGCAUCAUCCUUGUCAAGGCCGAGCCCGGUUCCUGGGGCGAGUCGGUUGGCCUCAAGCGCGGCGACGAGCUGCUCCAGGUCAACGACGCGCCGCCCCCGCAGCUGGGCACCAGCGAGUUCGAGCUCGCCCUCGGCGAGCGGCCGCUC